AUGGCCGCUUCGCACCGAGCAGCGAAGCUGGCGGCCAGCAGUCUCCAAACCCCGGUCAAUCCCAGCACCGGAGCGCGGGUCACCCAUUACGAACGCAAAGACCCCGUAGAGUCCCUGUCGGCGGCGGCAGCGACCUUGGAGGAGGAGGAAGAGGCAGCGGGGCCGGCGCGGGCGCCGGCUGAUUUUAACACCAACAUUUCUGGGGUAAAUGAACAAAAACGUAUAAGCUGUGAGGAUUUUGUGGACCUUUCUGAUAUUUACCACUCUAAUGAAGAGUACUUCAGGAAACUAGAAGAGCUGAAGGCAGCCCACAUGGAAACUAUGGCAAAGUUAGAGAAAAUGUACCAAAAUAAAUUAAAUUUAAAGGAAAUUCAGCCAGCGAUCACCAUGGAAGAUGCUGCUAGUGUCUCUUCCAGGUCUGUAUCAGAAAAGAGCUCCCAUCAUCCUGUUUCAUUAACGACAUCAAUUUCAGAGCCUGAUUUAGGUCAGUCUUCCUCCUUGAUUGUGUCUUCCUCUGAAGAUGAGUUGCCCAACGUAGAAAAAGAGUAUUCUGAGAAAAGCAGAAUGAUGACCUAUGCUAAGGAGCUCAUCAACAACAUGUGGAUAAACUUCUCUGUUGAAGAUUAUAUUCAGUUUAAAGAUGCUGACUUGCCAGCACUUGAAAAAAAAAAGAAGAAGCCAAAAGAAUGGGUGCCAAAGAUUACAGUACCUGAGCCUUUUCAGAUGAUGAUUAGAGAGCAGAAGAAAAAAGAAGAGAACAUGAAAUCUAAAUCAGAUAUUGAAAUGGCACGCAAACUGCUCAAGAAACAAGAAGAAGAAUCAGAGUGUAAGAAAAAAUUCCGAGCCAACCCGGUUCCUGCGUUCGUCUUUCUCCCCCUUUAUCAUGAUAUAGUCAAGCAAAAUGAAGAACGGAGGAGGUCUGUGAAGGAGAAGAACAAAGAAGCUCUUUUGGCCUCGCAAAAGCCAUUUAAGUUUAUUGCAAGGGAGGAACAGAAGCAAAUUCAGGAAAAGCAGCUGAAAGACUUUUUUAAGUCUAAAAAGAAAACAAACCAAUUUAAAGCCAGACCGAUACCUCGAUCUACUUAUGGUUCAACUAUCAAUGACAACUUAACAGAAGAAGAGCUCUAUAGAAACAUUAGGACGCAGCAGAGAACCCAAGACUUUUUACAGAAUUCAUCCCCUCUGCCUUGUAGUCCAGCUCGCAGAAGUUAUGCUACAAGGAAGCCCAAGUGUCCUGAACAGGCUGAAAAGUCCAAGUGUAAACACAAGUUUAGGUGCCAGACUGCUGAUUCUGAAGACCUUCCUGAGAGAUAUCAGAAACAUUACUCAGAACAGAAGUGUCCAAAACCCAUGACAGUCUGUGAACCAUCUGACCUUCAUGCGGCCUCACAUGCAUCCACUGAAAGAGAGAAAAUCUUGGCAGAUAUUGAAGCAGAUGAAGAAAAUUUAAAAGAAACACGUUGGCCAUAUCUGUCUCCAAGACGCAGGUCACCAGUAAGAAGUAGAAAUGCAAAACCUGUGCCUUGUAGCUGCAACCGUCCCAUGCCCACGGUGUCCUCCAGGGGAAGAGAACAAGCCACAAGGAGAUCACUUGAGGAAAAGAAAAUGUUGGAAGAAGAGAGAAAUCGGAUCCUAACUAAGCAGAAGCAAAGGAUGAAAGAAUUGCAGAAACUCUUGACAACCCGGGCUAAGGCUUAUGACUCACAUCAGAGUUUAGCUCAAAUGUCUAAAUCCAGAGUAAAAUCUCUCAGAAAGAGUGAAAAAGAAAGGAUGAGAGAAUACCGACGAGAACUAGAAGAAAGAGAAGAAAAAUUAAAAAACAGGCCGCUGCUAUUUGAAAGAGUUGCUCAGAAAAAUGCAAGAAUGGCAGCAGAAAAGCAUUAUUCUAACACCUUAAAAGCACUAGGAAUAUCUGAUGAGUUUGUUUCAAAGAAAGGCCAAAGUGGAAAAAUAUUUGAGUACUUCAGCAAUCAAGAGAUGAAAAGUUUCACUGAAGAUAAAGAAAGCUUUAAUGAAGAAAAAAUAGAAGAAAGAGAGAAUGGGGAAGAAAAUUAUCUUACUGAUACCAACAGCCAAGAUUCUUGCAAGGAAACAGGUAAAGCUGAUGAAGAGAGUGGAGAAGAGAAUUGUGUUGAAGAAUAA